AUACGGUCGUUCGACACAACCUUUAAACGGGGUACCACUUUAACAUCUCUCCCCUCCUUUACAUAUAUCGCGUUGCUGAAGAAGUUGACAGAGCUCAUCAAGAAUUUAUUCAAAAUGUCGAGCGAAGUUUUGCUUAAGGUUCGUGAGAGAAUGCAAAAGAUGAAAGACAAAAUUGAAGAUGCUGAAAAUAGGGAACACGACGCCAAAGAGGAAUGCAAAGAGGUAGAGGCGACAUUGGGCCAGAAUGAAACCGACAUUGACUCGAUGAAAAAGCGAAUUCAGCUCCUUACGAAAGAGCUGGAUGAGAAGAAUGCUCUACUAGAGGAGAGAAAAAUGAAAAGUGGCCAAUUAGAGGAAAAGUACGAGAAGGAGAACGAAGUUGUUCGCGAGCUUGAGAACGUUGAGAUCGGCGAGGAUGAAAGGAUGCACGAAUUGGAGACGGAUUUGACCGAGACGAGUCAAAAAGCGGAGCAACUGGAACUACAAAAUACGGAACUGAGGCAAAAACUUGGCCAGUUAGAGAACGAGAUUCAAAAGGCUCAGGAACGCGAGGGUGCCGCUUUAGAAAAGAUCGAUUCCUUGACUGACCGUGUCACCCAAGCCGGAGAAAAUUUGCGAGACCUGGAGCAGAGAGAUGAAGACGCCAGCGAGCGUGAGCAGUUUAACGAGGACAAGGUGAGCUUCCUGAAGGAGCAACUAAAAGAAAUGCUGGCCGCAGCUGAAGACCACGAAAGGAAAAUCCCCCCAUUAGAGCGAGUAAUCGAUCAGAUGACGACAGAAAUACGCGAUUGGAACGGUAAGGUCGAGGAAGUGAGAAAGGAGAUGGAAGAUAUGGAGAUGUUGGUUGGAGGAGACUUAAGCGACGAUGAAGAUGACGUCAAAGCGGGGAAGAAAGCAGCGGUGCCAACGACUAGAGAAACAAAUGUCUGUCAAGAGCCCGAUGAGGAACCAGGAGAAGAUGACGAUGAAAGAGCGAGAAAUGAAGAGAGAAAGCGGUACGAUGACCACGACGACGACGACGAAGAGGAGGAGGAAGACGACGACUAGCACUAGCAUGAACAC